AUGACGGUAAUUAAAUGUUUUAAUAUUAACAAAUUUUCAAUUAUGAAAGGUGAUUCAUGGCAUCAUUAUCCUCAAAGAUCAGAAUUAUCUAUUAAUAUGGUUAAAGCAAUGGUUGAUUUUAAUGUUGAAGUUCAAUGGAAAGGUGCAAUUUUAGUAUGUAAUUUUGCAACAAAUUAUUAACAGGGUACUAACAAUUCAGGAUAAAUUUAUGUUAAAUAUGGAUGAUAAAUGUGUAACCACUUUACUCUCAAGAUUUCCAUGUAUCGGCUUAAAACAAAGUGACAUCAAUGGUAGUAUUUUAGUUAGAUUUCAAAUUAGUUUAGUCAAUGAAUCAGAUUUUGAAAAGUGUUGCAAAUUUUUACAACAGGAAUUAAAGGCUAAUGUUAAUAAUAAAUUAAAUGAUCCAAUUUCGUCUCAACAAUUUCAAAAUGAUAAUUCUCAGUCAAGUCACCUUCACUUACCAGUAACUAGUCCUCAACAAAAUAUUUUGCACCCAAAUUCAAAUCAAUCACAAAACUAUAAUAAUGUCAAUUUAGAUCAAUUAAUUCAAGCACUUUCAAAUGCUACUAACAGUCAAUCGCCUACUCAACAGCAAUCACCAUUUUUGCAACCAGAACUAAGUUAUCCAUUACAAUCGCAACCUCGAAAUACAACAAUUUCACCGAAUUCAAUUUCAUCACCUCAAGGUAUGAUGUCUCAAACUAUUACUCCCCAAUCACUUUCACCACAAGCUUAUUUACAACCUCAAUAUUUUCCAUACUAUAAUCAAAAUCAAAAGGAGUCACAAAAACAAGGAAUUAAAAUUCCAUUAAAUGAUAUAACUGAUUUGAAAACCUUAUCAGAUUCUCAAUUACGUGCAAUAAUUCGUAAUCAAUUAAAACAACCUGAAUUUAUCGAAUUAGUUAAAAGAUUAGAUAAAAUUAUUAAAAAUUAA